AUGCAGUAUUUAAAGGGCGAGUCAUCGGCGUGCACAAGUUUCAGGCAGAAAGGGUACAUAUUGAAGGUACAAAUUGCCAUCGAAGAUGAGUUGCCAAGCGAUAAUAUGCCCAUGAGCUGUUACGUCUUGCACUUAACAGGUGCCAACCAUCUCCGUAACUGGUACGCCCCAAGCUACACCAAGCGGCUGUAA